UGAUACCAGUUCCUCUUUGUCGGCCUGUUAAAUACUGAUUGCAAAGAGCGAUAAAGCUUGACAGCUCUAUUAUUUGCCUAAAAUCGAUAUUUCAUUUUCCACUGCUUAUUUUCAGCUGUUUACUAUGUUGAUCGUUACAUUCGAACUGACAGGCAGAAUGUAAAGAAAACCAAGGCAGGCGCCAUUUGUGCUGCUUUAUUUGGACUCGUACCAGUCUCUCAUUGAAACGGGCAGCUGAACUGCACACUUGAAGCCGUACUUAACAGGAAUGGUUAAUAAUGCAUGGGCGCAAUUCUGCGCUUGUAGAUAGAAUAAUGUGAAAAGACUUAUAAUGAAUAGUUUUACCAAGGUAGCCACUGACUUGGAUAUACCACCUGUUCGUAGCGGUUGCUACCUGCUUAUUUCUCAUGCAAAUAAUGUUGGUGCGAUCUGAUAACGAAAAUAUUUAAAAGACACAAUUCCAAAGUCGCUCAAAAUUAGCUGGCUGAAAACAAACUCAGGGAAAAUCACAUGAACUUAUGUAGACCUUGUUGACCCGCAGAAUGUUUUUGAAUGAAAGAGCUUUUGGACAUAUAGAAGGUUUAUAGUUCACGCGUUAAUGACGAAGUUGAUGAAGUUGAGAAUAUCAGCCCAAAGUGAAGAGGCAAACAGCAAUUAAAUCGUGCCUAUCGCAGCGAUACAGAAAGUCAGGAGUUGGCAGCAAAUUUUAUUGUUUUUUGAAAUGCGUUCGGCAUUAUUUGAGAUCCACCUGCUAUGCCAACGUUUGAAAGAAAAUAACAGUCAUUGGUGAGUAGGAUACAGUUGAAACAUCGGCAGCUCGCAAAGAGACGGCAAAGAGACGGCAAAGAGACGGCAAAGAGAACACACACGUAUUAGCACAUGAAUAAACCUAAACAUCGUUAGCGGAGAAGACUUGGCAAUCGAAUGCGCAAUGCUAGCGAGUUGACAUUACAUCGAAUUGCCUUGUUAGAACUAAGUAUUUUUGAAUUGAUUUCUGGCUGCGUUGAUAUCGACAGAAGAGAAAUCUAACAAAGGCUUUGAGUUGAAAGGAGGCUCUUCAAGGAAUCACUUUGAAGACGUAUUUUGAAAUAACGCAAACUAUCAGAUAGUAUUAUAGAGAAGACAGGAACAUGAGUCAACACAGAGGGACUGAUUUUGAACUGACGGAGCCAUACCAACAAAACGAUGUUGAGUUUGAGUACCAAUCUGUUCCUUUUGAUCUCCAAAGCACAGAUAUCCCUCCAAACUCGACUAGCACCUCAGCUGGUACGAACACAACCGACUGCAAUUUUUCAUCUGACGGUGAAGGGUCGGCGAACGGUCAACAUGACGCCAUGUACGAUCAAUCACCAAUUAACGAGUGCCACAGUGCGACCAGUUAUGCAAGACCGCGAUGGACUGGAAGGGCGGAUUUUCUAUUGACUUUAAUAGGCUAUACAAUUGGACUAGGAAAUGUCUGGAAGUUUCCUUCAUUGUGUCAGCAGAAUGGUGGAGCCUCGUUUUUGAUCCCCUACUUCAUAAUGCUCAUAGCAGAAGGGAUUCCAUUGUACUACAUGGAAUUGUGCAUUGGACAGCGCCUGCGCAAAGGCUCUACUGGAGUGUGGCAUGCGAUUUCUCCUUACCUCGAUGGUGUUGGGGUUGCCUCGGCAAUUGUUUGUUUUCUAGUCUGCUUGUAUUACAACGUGAUUCUUGCUUGGUGCCUCAUAUACUUUGUCAAUUCUUUCAAAGACCCGUUGCCCUGGUCGCAGUGCCCCAAUCAAACAGUGCGCAGAGGAAAUGAAACUCUCCAAGAAGUGGUGGAAGAAUGUGAAAAAAGCAGUCCAACACUGUAUUUUUGGUAUCGAUCCACACUCGACAUCUCGAGUUCAAUCGAUGACGCAGGCAAAAUGAACUGGACUGUUAGUUUGAGUCUGUUAGCUGUGUGGUUUUUGUGUUGGUUUUGCAUGAUUCGCGGCAUAAAGUCAACUGGAAAGGUUGUCUACGUCACUGCAAUUUUGCCGUUGUUUAUUUUGGCAAUAAUGUUCUUCCGAGGAGUUCAUUUAAAAGGAUUUCAAGAGGGUCUCACUCUACUCUUCAUCCCAGAAUUUUCGAGGCUACAAGAGCCUGAGGUAUGGCUUUCGGCAGCCUCCCAGACAUUCUACUCCCUCGGGGUGGCCUAUGGUUCUCUAAUCUGCUUUGCAAGUUACAAUUCAUUGAAGAACGACACAACCAGAGACGCCAUACUCAUCUGCGUCAUCGACGCCGGAGUGAGCAUCUACGCAAGCGUCGUCAUAUUUUGUUUCAUUGGGUAUCGAGCGCAAAUCAAAGUCGAUGAAUGCCUAGCGGGACAAAAACAGACGUUGCAGUUGCUUUUGAACGAGUCAAAUUACCGUUUCGGGACUUCUUACACCUACGAAAAUUACGAGUUUGCAGAGAUGGACACUAGUUGGGUAGACGUCAACAUGACAAGGCUCCUUAACGUAACUAUAGCUAACUGUGAUAAAAAGAAGUUUCUUAAAACGAAGACCUCACCAGCACUUACUGGCUUGGCAUUCAUCACAUUUACUGAGGCCAUAAAUACAAUGCCGAAUGCUCAAAUCUGGUCCAUACUGUUCUUUUUAAUGCUAAUAACACUGGGCAUUGACACACAGUUUGGAAUGCUUGAAGGCGUCGUCACUCCUAUUUUGGAUGCUAAGUGGUUUCCGAAUUUGCGAAUUGAAGUUCUAACUGGUAUCAUAUGCUUGAUUUUGUAUAUUCUCGGAUUUAGUAUGGUGCAGAAUUCUGGUAAUUACUGGCUGCAACUGAUCGACAAUCACUGCAGUGGAAUACCAUUGCUAGUUAUUGCCCUGGUAGAAUGCCUCUCGUUGUCGUAUAUUUACGGAAUGGCAAGGUUUUGCGAUGACAUCGAGUACAUGACUAACAAGAGGCCUCGAGUAAUUUGGAUGUGGUGCUGGAAGGUCAUUUCACCCUUGACCAUUAUAAUCGUGCUUCUGUUCAGCAUCUUGUCGCUGUCAAAACAUAAACCUACCUAUGAAGUUUGGGACAAAAACGAGGGAGUCAUGAAGCACAAGCCAUACCCACCGUGGGCCGUUUUCAUUGGUGCCAUGUUAACGCUGGUUUCAAUUGCAUUCAUACCGUUACUUGCAUUGUUACGCUAUUUCAAACUUUUGCCUAUUGACACACGGAAAAUGACACUUUUGUGCCCAGCAAAAAGAACUUACAAAAGACAGCGUGGAGGCCUCAAGGUUUACUUUGCUACAUCUAGAGAAAGUUAUACGGAAAGGAGUCAGCCAAUUUCCAAUGGACGUUAUGUAUAACAGACAGUGGGAAUAUAUUCAGCUUCCAAAGCAGCCAACAGAGAUCUUCAAUUAAAAUUAAUUGUCUCUGUUCACAUUUGGAAGCUUGACCAUAAAGAAGAUAUAAAAAAGGAGCUUGACCACAGAAAAUAGCAAUUUCUCAACACUUCAUAUGGAGCGUGGGGCAAAGAUGUUACAAGAUCUCUAAUGGCGGUAGGGAAUGGCCGCACACUUGGUUGGCAGUUAACUAAUAUCAAGGGACAAAAACAAAAUUAAAAGCUAUUUGCUUGAAAUUAAUAAAAUCGUCAGGGUUAUGGGAAGCUUUUCCAAGGCUCAACACCAAACAACUACAGUCCAUCCUUCUAUGACAGGUGCAUUCGUAAUACACCGGCAUAUCUAAAACUUCUACCAAUUACACACCUUGCUAGUUCCCUUUUAUAUCCGUUGCAUUACCCCCACUCAAACUCGGGGCACUAUACCAAAUGCAGGUAUUACCCCAAUGUCAUCUAUAAAUAAAAACCAGCUAAUACUAAAAUACUUUGUGCUAUGAGACUGCUGAACCUAUCGAAAAUCACGUUUUUCAAUCAUUCUAUUGUUUGUUGGGCAGACCCUUGGGAGUAAAUAUGCCAGGAGAGACACUUUCAUAUAAAACAUGCUGUCACGAAACAAACGAGCCAAAUUGGUACCCAGACCCCUAGCUUACAAUCGCAAGUUUGCAACCUGCGUACAUCCUCGAUUAUGUCCCUGCCUUCCUUAUUAAAAUCACAAGGACAGUUGAGGCUGAUUCCUUAAUACUUCGGCCAAAUUCAAAAGAAAUUGGCCUCAAACAUCGAGGAGCACCUGGGCAAAUAGUUAUAUUAUGUGGAUUAAAUAUGUCGAAAACUGAACAUUUAUUUUGCAUUUAGUGAGAUUAAAUCUCGUAGUUGCAUUAGACCUUUAAGGUCCAUUAUUGUUUUUAAUAUUUUGUUUUUUCCUAAAGAAUACAGUUGAUCAAUUAUUUGUUAUUUGGUUAAAAAAGAGAAUUGGCUUAGCGAAAACUUAUCUCUUCUUUUUACAUUGGUGUACACUGUACUGUAGUGAAGACUUAAAACAAUGGAUCGGGGAUAUAAAAAUGUCUACAAAUUUGAAUUAAAAAAUUGUAUUUUUUGCAGCAGUGGCACAAUGCAAAUCAUUUUGACAGUCAUAUCCCCAAGCUAUAGCCAAGGUUGGUCA